AGGUGUUAAAGUGGGAAAGGCAGGAGGGAGCCUCAGCAUCUCCCAUCCCGUGGAUAACUUCAUCACAAAGGACCAGGGCGGCGCCCGCUGGCUCCUGGGGCGGCUGUUGCCGGGCAACAGAGACACUAUAUUGUCCCCUGUCACCUGUGCCCCUCGCCCAUUUGGUCACUGGCCGUGGUGGGAUCACUUGCCGUGGUGGGAUCACUGUGGUGGUGGACUCAUUUUGGCAGUUGGACCACUUUUGGUGGUGGGAUCACAUUUGGUGGUUGCAUCACUUUUGGUGUUGGGAUCACAUUUGGUGGUUGCAUCACUUUUGGUGUUGGGAUCACUUUUGGUGGUUGAACCGCUUUUCGUGGUUUGAUCACUUUCGGCACUUGGAUCGCUUUGGUGACUGGAUCGCUUUCAUCACUCGGAUUGCUUUUGGAACUUGGAUCUGUUUUGGUGACUGAUCGCUUUCUGUGGCAAGAAGGAGCAGGAGAAAGGCUGCUGGCUGUCCAUCCCUCCAAGAUCACCUCCGGACAGAAAAGCUCCUGUCUCCCUACUUCGGGUUCAGUGUUUUCACGCAGAACAGCAGCGAUGGCCACACGCAGUCUGUUGGAAAUGCUGGACGCUGCCAUCGGGACACCCCAAGUUGGGGUUGUGGAUUUCGUGGCGCUCCACAAGCUGCUGAAAGCCAUGAUCAUCGGGCAGCAGGGUCAGCAGGAGGUGCAGUGCGGCCUGGCAGAGGACAUGCGGGCCAUGCAGAAGGCGCACUCUGGCAUGGCAGAGGACAUGCGGGAGAUGAAGGAGGCGAUGCAGGAGGCGCAUUCUGGAAUGGCACAGGACAUCCAGGAGAUGAAGGAGGCGCAUGUCGGCCUGGCAGAGGACAUGCAUGCCCUGCAGGAGGCGCAUUCCGGCCUGGCCGAGGACAUCCAGGAGAUCCAGGAGACACUUGGCCUGGAGGGCGGUGGGGGCCAGUCUGCCCCCUCCGAGCCCACCCAGGUGGCCAUGGACAGCCAGGCCAGGAAGAGCUCAGCACUGGGGCCGAAGGGACGUGGAACACAGCCUGGGAUGGAGACUGGCAGGGGGACUGCAGGGUCUGGCUCCCUGGGGAUGCAAGCAGGGACACAGGGGCAACCAGCGACCCCUGUGAAGUUGUCAGGCGCUCCCUCUGAUCACACGAGGUCUAUUGGUCCCGGCGCCACCACCCCGGGGAUGCAGCCAGGAUCACGGGGCACCCAGGCCACCACCCACCUGGGGACACAGCCAGGGGCCCCUGACACCCAGGCCAGCACCUCAGGGAUGCAGCCAGGAUGCCCUGGGACCCACACCACCACCCCUGGGGUGCAGCCUGCGUCCUCCAGAUCCCAAGCCACCAUCCCAGGCGAUGCCCAAGAGCCGGCCAAGCCCUGGGGCUCCACCAGCACCUCCAGCUACGAGUCGGAGAUGCGGGAGGUUCUCUCACAGGUUGGGCAGCUCGGCAACGUCUACGCUGGUCUGAAGGAGGAGGUGGAACAGCUUAAAUCUACAAAAGCAGAACGUGCGGAUCUUGAGAACGUGCGCCAGCUUUUCCCAAAGGGAGGUCGGCAGAGCAUCACCAGCAUCCUGGCCGACCUCAAGUGCCAGAUGUCCUUCCUACAAGACAUGGCCAGGGCCCUCCACGGGGAGGAGGAGAAGGUGAGCCGGCAGCAGUCCCCGAGGGGCUGCGGGGAUGCCAGUUUGGGCAGGGAGGGGGCAGCGAAAGGGUCCCUGUGCCGGAAUGACACAGGGGGCUGUGCCCUCACUGCCCCCACUGCCGUUCCCAGAUCAGCAAGCAGCCGGACGAGCCGAAGGUGA